AUGUCUUCGCGGGACUCCAGCUCCUCUAGUGGAACAAAUAAGUUUGCAUUCGUGACAGGGAACAUUCAUUCAGAAGCUCGGAGCCAUGCUAUGAAGGAACACUGGAAGCGGCGACAUCAGCGCAAUAAAGAGGCAAAAGCAUAUCACCAGAGAAAUUCAUCGCGAAAUUUGCCUCUCCGUUCAAAGAACCGCGCUAGUGAAGAUGCGAGUACAUCUUCGGGGUUGCCAGAGGUUGGGGAUAUGGACAUUGGCAGGAAUCAAGAGGAAUCUACUAGCAUUUCCGCCCAGCUGCUAUGUGGUCUGAGUUCUGCGCUGUCAAUCUCGAGGCCUGAUCCGUUCCAGACGUGUCCUGUUCACCUGACGAGCCAGCACCAAAAGCUUUUGCAUCACUGGAUAAGCACUCAUGCGGCUAUGAUGUUUGCAGACCUGAAUGUCACCGAGUUCAAUCCGAUGAAAGAUGUUUGGUUCCCGCUGGACCUCUCAAAUGAAUCGUCUUUCAACUGCAUCAUGGCGCAUUCAGCUGCGCACUUAUAUCAUUUAUACGCUGGAACUCCCCCGCGACGAGGGUCGAAAUCGUUUGAUGCCUUGAAAUAUAAGAUCGAGGCUGUCAGGAUACUACGCUUUUGGCUUAGUGAUCCCAAGAAGGAGCUAAGCGAUGACGCUUUUGCUGCUGUGGUUCGUCUGCUUACAUUCGAGCGAUACUGGGGCACGGUGGAAGAUUGGAAAAUCCACCGUGAUGGCUUACAAAGAAUGAUCGACGCCAAAGGAGGAGUUGAAGCGCUCCACAGAAAUUGGCGCUUGCAACUUGUGGUUUACCUUGUUUCGUUAAUGUCACGACCGUCAUGGCUCGAGUCCACGAACAACCUCGAACGACUCUCUCGUCCUCUUUUAUCGCCCAACGCUACGCAGAACCCCUUAUCUUGCGAUGUUCAAAAGGUCCGCUGCCUUUGGCUGAUAUCAUUCAUCCAAGAUAUGAGAACAUUCAUGGGAUCAGUCUACACUAGAGGUCUCUCUGCGUAUCCCUUCACUCAUGCCGCCGUAGGCCUGUUGCGUGAGAAUUUUCUGCUCUCUAUUGAUCCUUCUACCCAUGAGUAUCACAAUACAGAGUGGGAAGACGAAAUGCUAUGGUGUUUAUUUUGCAUUAGUGUCCUAAUGCAGGAGUCAAUCUCCGCCCUGUCAGAUCAGGAUUUAACAGCAUCCAAUGGACCGAGCACACUACAAGGAUUGGAGAUAUCCCUAAGGCACUCUCAUCAUAUGUGGGGGCGCUCAAUCCACCACUUGCGCUCCAUCUUAUACGAAAGCCUGACAAGGCUCGUUGAGGAAGGGCAAUACAAGAUGAAUUAUUUUAUGGACCUGGUGCAGGUUCUGGGAACCUUGAGUUUGGAAGCGCGCCAAGGAGUCGAGAAAUGUCUUCUCAAUUUGCUUUACUGCCUGGGGAAUAACAAAACCAGCGCGCUAUUCGUUGAAGAUGGAUGGUCGCCGGAUUCGCUUCUGUCGUCAAUGCGCGGGCGUUAG